AUGAUAGUCCAAUGCCUUCCUAAAAAUGAGCGCCCACGGGCCCUGCAGGACAGGAAACCAGGUCAGUGGGCAUUCCGGGGGAGCUUCUUAUACUACAAGUUAUUUGUCGUUUAUCUGAAGUUCAAGGAGUCCUGUUUCUGUUUUAUUUUUGUGCCAACUCUGGCAACCUUAGGUGGGAGGAACAACCUGAGAGGAGGUGUGAAGAAGACUAGGCAUGCCACUGUGGGCUCCCACCAGGACAGCAGCCCGACAGGCCGAGCUGCGGAAUGGGAUGUGAGGGCACGUAAGGAGGAAGCUUGGAAGGGCCCAGGCAUUGACUUUGCCAUUCACAAGAUAGCCAAGUUGCUGAAGCCACAGAAAGUGAUCGAGCAAAAUGGGGAUUCUUUUACCAUCCACACGUCCAGCAGCUUAAAGAACUACCUUGUUAAAUUUACAGUUGGAGAAGAAUUUGAUGAAGACAACAAAGGCCUGGAUAACGGAAAAUGCAGGAGCUUGGUCACCUGGGACAAUGACACUCUCAUCUGUGUCCAGAAGGGGGAAAAGAAGAACAGAGGCUGGACCCAUUGGAUUGAAGGGGACCAACUCCACUUGGAAAUGUUCUAUGAAGGACAAGUGUGCAAACAGACGUUCCAGAGAGCCUGAUCUGUAUCCAACAACAGAGGCCACAUGUGGAUGCAGCUUAAUGCCGAGUUAUAUUCCAGGAUGAGCAGAGGUUAAAUUGUCCUGGUUUGGUGAUGGGGCCUUGUGGUCAGAGAGAUGUCACACAGCCUGUACCAGAAGCCAUUUGGAGUGUUGGAAAACUGCUCAGCUUCAAUAAACCCAUCUAAUAACUC